CCUGCUCUUGAAACCUGUUGCACUUUGUCUUCAACUUGAUCACACGUUAACCAAUAUAACCAUGAAAAAUAAGAAAACAAUAAACGAUGAGACACAGGAACUCGCUCUAUGUAAUUGCGAAAGGCAAAGUAGACUCCGCGUAAACAUGUCAUCCAGCAUACUUUUAAGAGAAGUUUGUUCCUUUAUGAGAUUCUCCAAGUGUGUGAAAGUUUUGCAGAUCCCUUGGAGACCCCUGCAGUUUCCUGAGUAUCGUGCCCUCCAUGUGGACAGUCCUCCCAGUGUGCCAGAGGUCACCACCAGCUAUGUCCACGGCACUUCCUCCAGAUCUUUGCUGUCCCAAACCAUUGGCCAAACCCUGCAGAACACCGCAGAGCAAUGGCCUGACCGCGAGGCUGUGGUCUUCCUGCAGGACGGCAUCCGCAAGACGUUCGCACAGUUCCAACAGGAUGUGGACCAGGCGGCUGCUGGGCUCCUUGCUCUGGGGCUAAAGAGGGGGGACCGGCUCGGGAUGUGGGGGCCGAACAUCUACGAGUGGAUCCUGGUCCAGUUCGCCACAGCCAAGGCCGGCAUCCUACUGGUGUAUGUAAACCCAGCCUAUCAGCUUCAGGAGCUGGAGUUUGCCCUGAGGAAGGUGCAGUGCAAAGCGAUCGUGUGUCCCACAAAGUUUAAGACCCAGAACUACUGUGACAUGCUGAGGCAGCUCUGCCCUGAGGUAGAGACAGCAAUGCCUGGAGGCCUCAAGAGUGCCAGGCUGCCGGACCUGCGCAUGGUGAUUGUGACAGACAGCCGGCAGACUGGAAUGUUCCACAUGGACGAUGUGAUGCAGGCAGCAGACAGCCAACAUCGGCAGGAACUGGAUAUUCUGCAGAAGAAACUAUCCUUUGAUGACCCCAUUAACAUCCUGUUCACAUCGGGCACCACAGGUCACCCAAAAGCUGUUACUCUGUCCCACCACAACCUUGUCAAUAAUGCCUACUUCAUUGGGGUACGUCUAGGCUUUGACUGGAGGCCGCAGUUGCGUCUGUGUCUGGCCGGACCCCUAUAUCACGCCUUUGGCUCAGUGGCAGGAGCCAUAAACAUGGCCCGGCAUGGCAUCACCCUCGUUUUCCCCUCAACUGCUUAUGACAGCCGGGCCAACCUGGAGGCCAUCCAGAAAGAGAGGUGCACUCUAUUCUACGGCACACCCACCAUGUUCAUCGACCUGCUGGGGCAUCCAGAACUGGACAAAUAUGACCUGUCCUCUUUAAAAGCAGGAGUCAUGGGUGGCUCUCCCUGUCCACCUGAGGUCAUGAGACAGGUCAUGACUACCAUGAAUAUUAAGGAGGUGGUGGUUGGGUAUGGUGCCACAGAGAACAGCCCUGUCACAUUUUUGGGGUACCCACUGGACAACCUGGAGAGGAUGACUGAGACUGUAGGCUGUAUCAUGAACCAUACUGAGGCUAAGGUGGUAGACCCCAGUACUGGAGAAAUAGUGCCACUGGGAACUUCAGGAGAGCUGAUGAUCAGGGGAUACUGUGUGAUGCUGGAGUAUUGGGACGAUCCUGACAAAACACUGGAGUGCAUCUCCAAGGACCGUUGGUACAAGACCGGUGACAUCGCAAGCCUAGAUGAGUAUGGAUACUGCCGAAUUGAGGGCAGGAUUAAAGACAUGAUCAUUCGAGGGGGGGUGAACAUCUACCCUGCCGAAAUUGAGCUGUUCCUUCACACCCACCCCAAAGUGCACGAGGUGCAGGUGGUUGGGGUGCGGGAUGAGAGGAUGGGGGAGGAGGUAUGCGCCUGCAUUAAGAUGAAGGAGGGACAGGACUGCACUGCUGAGGAAAUCAAAGCCUACUGCAAGGGCCAGAUCGCCCAUUUCAAAAUCCCACGCUAUGUGACAUUUGUGCAGGACUACCCGCUCACUAUCAGUAGAAAGGUCCAGAAGAACAAGCUGCGUGCAGAGAUGGAGAAGAGCCUGGGAGUAUGAUGGGCCAGUUUGAGCGUGUGGCUGUGUCUCAAUCAGAAGGCAGCUGCAGGCAGCAUUUAAAAGCAACAUUUUCAUUUCUCAUUGUAGAACACUUGUCCUUCAUAGGCAUGUCCCAAACCAAGAUCAUAAAAAAAACACGUCCUUCUAAGGUGCCUUACUUCGGUUCAAUUUGAAGGCAACAUCGAUGUGUCCUUCAUCAUCACGCCGGCGACAUAAUUAGGAGAUAUAAUUAUCCUUCUAGAACUGGCGUAAUCUAAGCAAAAUAUCUUAAUAAUAUUAUAUAAUAACUACAAAUUAGCUAUUUUAAUUAAACAUUUAAUUAAUUAUUAUGAAUAUUAUGCACUAAUAUUUCAAUAAAAUCAAUACUUUACAUUCAAUUGAUACUGAAUUCAUAUAAAUGAUUCAUCGAACAUAUGUUUUAUAUAUUUUGGGAAUUCUUUGAAUUCAUUCAAUACACAAUACAAAAGUAAUGUUAAU